AAAAAAACAAGCAAGUUAGCGUAAAAUGUAAAAACGACUCAUACGAAAAUAACUUUUUUUUUUUAUCUACGGUAAAGUGAAGCAUUGAUUCACCCAUGUAAAUAGUUCGAGAUCAUUUAAUAUGUGUAAUCGAUCCGUGAAAUAAUGAAAUGAAUUGAAAAAUAAUUCACUAUAUAUUGAGAGAAAACAUUAAUUUGUAACAUAUAAAAAAAUUAAAUUUCAGAUAUAACAGAUUUUCUUUUUAUAUAUGAUUUUCAAUAAAAUAUAUAUUUAACAUUCACUUGUUAAUUGACAGAACAAGGCGUGAAUAUAUAAAUUGAAAAUAUAAAUAAAAUCAACAAAACAACAAAAAUUAAAUAUAUAAAAACGGAAAUCUAUCUGUAGAUACUAGACUGAGAACCGAAUCGAAGGCGAAAUCGAGUGAAAAAAAUAUUAUUUUGUUUAAGCACUUAUCGCGAAAACUUGAAAAAAAAAACAGGCUUACCAAACUAACGGCGAGUUAUGGCAGAACUUCCGUCCACUACGAUAACAGCAACAAUAACAAAUCACAACGAUAGUGAACGCAUUGAAUUCAGUUUAUUUCAGAAUUAUUCAGUCCUAAUCAAUAAAUUGGAGCAAUUAGCUUUGGGAGUCGACGUCACCCUGACCAAUAUAUCGUUGGAUUAUAAACAAGAUACAUCGUUUACUCAUGACGAUGAAACGAUAGCUGACAGUUCCGGAUCACAACUUUACCCGCAGACACAUGUAACUCACACUUACGUAGAUGAAGUAGAAUAUUCACGCGUUGUCAGCGACAUAUGGGUAGGAGUUAUAUUAACUUUGCUAAUAGUAUCGGUCAUAUUCCUGAUAUGCGCCGGAUUUCUCUAUCAUAAAUUUCAAAAAUGGAAAAAUUCAUAUCGCUCCGACGCGACAGACCCGGUAGAGACAUGUCGCAAUUAUCCACCUAACUAUGAGAUGGAGUCCCUACCUUCUUAUACCAUAGUGUCCGGCCUACCUACAUACGAUGACGCCUUGGAACAAUUUCGUAAAGCCGGCAUAAUACUUGCACCUCCGAUGCCAAUUAUUAAAAUAUUUGAGGCUAAGGAUACCAGAAAAAUGUAUUCAAUCGAAAAUGGAGUUAACGAAAACGAUAACUUGUCAAUAACUAAUUCAAAUGCAUGCACAUGUACAAAUAGUGCCCCAGUAACUCCACCACCAGCGUUGCCAUCAAGCUCAUCUAAUGCGCCAUUGAUAGAACUUUCACCCGAGCAAUUGGCUCAGCUAUCACAGAAACGUCUAUCAUUACAAAUUGCUUUCGGUUCACAAAUGCAUCGCAAUUCUCGGCCGCGCAUUAAUAUGCAUAAUCAAUUGCUGCUAUCGCGAGCAAUUAGUAACGCUGAUGCUUUGGAGCAAGGACCACAAAUCCAUCGUUCAUACUCUUCAUCAUCGUUUUCAACGGCCAAUAACAGCAAUUAGCUAAAAAAUGUUUCCUACAUUUUCGAAAAAAAAAUAUG